GUUCCGCGAUGACAGCUUUGAGUCCGGGCGCGGCCGCCGGGGCGAGCAGCAAACAUUGGGUGCCUACUGUGUGCUGGGGGUACAGAGAUGUAGAAGACACAUGCCUGGAGGAGCUCAGAUGUCUAAACAGACAAGUACUGGGAUGCUGCGUGGCAUGUGGGCUCUUAGUUCCCUGACCAAGGAUCCAACCCACGUCUCCUGCAUUGGAAGCAACCAACAGAUGCAUGGGAAGACGGCUUCUCUGAAGAAGAGCACGGAGAAGCUAGGCGGGGUCCAGAGAGCCCAAGACACCAGCCUGUACUGGCCAGAAGGCUUGAAGGGUGAAGAUGUGAAGAAGUGCAGACAAGAAGGGAUGCUACUGAGUAAAUACAACCAGCAGUACCACAAGCUGUUUAAGGACAUUCCCUUGGAGGAGGUGGUUCUCAAAGUGUGCUCCUGUGCCCUCCAGAGGGACCUGCUUCUCCAGGGCCGGCUCUACAUCUCCCCCAACUGGCUCUGCUUCCAUGCCAGCCUCUUUGGCAAGGAUAUCAAGGUGGUCAUUCCCGUCGUGUCUGUGCAGAUGAUCAAGAAACACAAGAUGGCACGGCUCCUUCCCAAUGGCCUGGCCAUCACCACCAACACCAGCCAGAAGUAUGUCUUUGUGUCGCUGCUCUCCCGGGACAGUGUAUACGACAUGCUGAGAAGGGUCUGCACCCACCUACAGCCUUCAAGCAAGAAGAGUCUGUGUGUAAGAGAAUUUCCAGAGGAACCUGAGUGCGAGUCUCUGGAAGCCCUCAUCCCCGAGAUGAAGUGGAGGAAAGUGUGCCCCACCUCCAGGUCCGUGUCUCUCCCAGAUAGCAUCCCUUGUAUCUCUCGGGCAUCCAUGGAAUCCACGGACAGCUUCUUCCCCUCCAGGGAGCCUCUGGGGUCUGAGAUCUCCGACUGUGAGGAGGAGAAGCUGGAGGAGGGGCCCACGAGCAACCGGGAGCUCAAGCUCUGGGAUUACCCGCUCCUGAAGGUCUUCUUUGUGCUGAUCUGCUUCUUGGUCAUGUCUUCAUCCUACCUGGCGUUCCGCAUCUCCCAGCUAGAACAGCAGUUAUGUUCCCUGAAUUGGGGCGGCUCGGUCCCUGGGCACAGGUAACAGCCACUUGGCCUUUGACCCCAAUCCUCCAAGAGGAAUGCUCUGGGUGCUAAGGUACCACCACCGAUGCCCUUGGUUUGUGCUGCCGCUGUGUUGAGACCGAGUCAGAAAGAAAAUAUUGCAGAAUCCUUCUCCUCCCCGGAGCUCUUCUUCCUCCUUAAAUGAGUGGUCUGAAGUACCUGUUUACAAAACUCCUGCAAUUUUGGGACUGAGAUGGAAAGCCAAGUUUCUGGAAAUAGACAAGGAGUUCUGUACACUAAGCUUUAGCAGCCACUUAUGAAAAAAAAUUUUUUUAACUUGCUCCUUGGAAACAGUUCUGACACACAGGUAGAGCAUUUGGGACCACUGCAAGGGACAAAGGCCAUGCUUUGAUAUCAAGCACAUGGCCCACGCCAGUGGUGGGACAGCGGCCAGAGCCCAACUUGGCAGUGUGGGCUCCACUCUCUUCCAGCAUAUUGUGCUCUCACUUGGACCCCCGAGAGUUCCUGUUCUGGGGCCCAAAGGGUUUCUCUGCAGGUGGCCAGGGGCCCAUGCAGGGCAAACUGGAGGCAGUGAGGUGAGCUCUGAAUGAGGAGAGGAGGUCUGUGGCCAGGAUUCUAGCCAGGGGUGUGUUCAUGGUCUGUGCAGAGGCUCCGUUCUGGCCCCUCUUGAGGAGGCGGGCUCAAUCUGGGACCACACGACUUGCAGCAGGGGAGAAUGGCAGCGGCUGUGGAGAGAACAGAGGGCCAGCAUUCUGUGUCCUCAGUUGCUGUUUCCUGGUGAGACAGAGGGAGCGGAGCUUUUUUGAUCACUGUGGUCACAGACCAGGUACUCAAUCUUCCCCUGGUGUGCUCAAACAUUUCCAAGGUGCCCCAUGUGAGAAGUGGGGGAUGGGAAGGGUAGUGCUUUGAUUGGCGGUCUCCCCUUGUACUCCCUGCUUCACUGCCUGGAUUUUGAGCGUGGCCAAUGGCAGCCUGAUGGGCUUGAUGGUGUUGGGCCACCACGGGGCAGAGCUCACUAUGUCACCUGCAGGCCAUGCAGGAGGGUCGUCCACACCUUGGGCUCUGUUCUCCAUGAGUAAAAUGGAGGUGUCCAAGGUGGGCCUGUGACUGCAGGGACCAGGCCAGGGGGGUCUGAUACCUUUGGAAGCAAGAGAGGUAGAAGACAGGAAGAAGGGACAUGGUGGCUUUGCCUUAGAGACUCCUCCUCCUCUGACAAUGUCUCCUCAAUGCUACAAAACUUCUGUGCCUUAAAACUCUCCUGGGACUCCGAUCUGCCAAGACAGUGUCUUUGGAGGUGCUGGAAAGGCCUUAGUGAGGAGGCCAGACGUAUCAGGGAAGGUCACUGAUGAUGGGUGGGUGGGGUCAGAAAUAGCCACUUUUUCCCUCUUCAGACACCUGAGAAGUUAACUGGUGGGGGUGGGGGUGCGGGUAUCCUGGUGGAAAUUAUUUACUGUGGAGUGUGACUGUCCUGUUUAUGACAAACCCAGAUGAAGACUGGAGGGACUGACAGGAGGUGAUAACUUCCUAAACUCAGGCUGGAGGUCUCUCCAUCCCAGGCUCUAGGAUCGUGCUCAGAGCCUGGCCUUGGGGGAUACUUUCAAUCAAGAUGUAUGUCUCAGGUACAACUCACGGCUCCAUUCUCCCUGCAGCGCCACGCUGGAUGCAUGCCCGUCCUAUUUUAGGAACCAGCUCCCUGUUUUCAGGGAAAUAAUCCUACUUGCCCCAAUGCCUCCCCUCCCUGGUCCUUGCUGAAGGGCAGGGAGAACAGGCCUAUUCUCUGAACCUUGCUGGGUUGAGCCAGAGGUCAUGAGAGGUGCCAAGUCAUGGGUGGCUAUGCCAACAUGAUGGUGAACCUAGCCUCCAGUCUCCAUGCCCCGGGCUCAGAGAGGGCAAGAAGCGUGCAGUGGGGGUAGGUGGCUGUGGAGGCCCUCUUGGGGCCCGGAGCUUUGAGUGACUGCAGUGUGCCUGUCCCUCUGGAGGGCCCUCUGUUUCUUCCUUCUGUUCCCCAGCCUGUUCCUUUGGCCAGGGUGCCUUCUGUUGUGCUCAGUUAUAAACCAUGUGUAUUUAUGCAGACCUGCUUGCAUUGGCAGAUGCUUCUCUAAUUCCUUGAGAAUUUGGUUCAACUGUCCUUCAGUUGUUCCACUAUGGCAUUAAACUUUGAAAAUAUUUUAAAAUAAAAAUCUGAUUUUUCUAA